AUGAGGAAACUAGAUAAUGGAUCGUUGUUUAGAGCUAUCCUGGUAUUUAGAAUAGCCAAUGCACUUCUCACUAGGACCUUUUUCCAGGCAGAUGAAUUCUGGCAAGCGCUAGAACCGGCACAUUUGAUGGCCUUUGGGUACGGUGAGCUCACAUGGGAUUGGAAGUUUGCCAUUAGAAGCUAUGCCUUUCCCUUUAUUUUUGAAUUGACUUACAGAUUGGUUAGAUUAGUGGUGUUUAUGAGCAGGUGGCUUAUGGAAUUAUUGUCAGAGCUGGCUAGUGAGUUGUUAUUACUGUUAUUCCCAAGCAAUGAAUUUGUGAGAUUAGUGGUGGAUGAUUUGGUAGUCUUACCAUCUGAUAUGGCAAAUUCAUUGGAAUAUAUUGGAGUUAUAUAUGGUCCAAAGGUAGUCAUGACUCUUAUUGCUGCCACUGGAGAAUAUUAUACCAUUAAACUAAUCCAAAAGCUAUAUUUAAUAACUUCAAAGAGUUCUAAAGAGAAUGAUGAUGAAGGAGGGAAGGGUGGAUCGCUACAAGGUAUAACAAAAAUUGCUACCGUAUUAAGCUUAACCAACUUCUUUAACUGUUACUUAAUAACGCGAUCGUUUAUUAAUUCAUUUGAGAUGACUACGACGGCAGUUGCUUUAUAUUUCUGGGAUUGGACCGGGGGGUUAACAAUCGAAUCCAGCGAAUUUACUAAAUCAUUGGUUAUUGCUAUGUUUACCUGCUUACAGAGACCCACCAAUGCGUUUAUUUGGAUUGUGUUGGGUAGUCUACUGAUUACCAACAUGAUUAAAAGAGGAACUGACUUUAAAGCUUAUUUUAUCCUACUAAGAAAAAUUGUGCUAUGUUUCAUGGCUGUAUUCCUUUUAAAUGUAUCCAUUGAUUUUUAUUUUUAUGGAGAAAUCACUAUUCCGCUUAUCAAUUUUAUUAAAUUUAAUGUUACUAGUCCGCUGGCUAACUUCUAUGGUUCAUCCCCAUGGCAUUUCCAUCUUUUCCAAAGUGUCCCCAUAAUAUUAGGUUAUAAUCUCCUAUUCUUUGUUCCUGGGAUGUUCUGCCAUCUCUCCCACAAGAAAUUUACAUCCUUUGCUACAAACCCAUUUUUCCAAAUAAAAAUGAUUAUUUUAUUAAAUGUGCUUGUGUUUUCCCUCACUACACAUAAAGAAUUCAGAUUUAUUUAUCCCUUACAACCAUUUUUCAUGACUGUGUCUGUAUUUGCACUCCAUAAACUGAAAUGGUAUCAAUAUUCUAGAAUGACCUGGAUUCUCCCUCUGGCCUCUGUCGUGUUGUCCCUGUUAGUUUCCUCGUUUCAAGAAUCUGGAUCCAUCGAAGUAAUGAAGUUCCUGCACAAUGAACCAUUCGAUUUAAAGAGUGUGGGGUUUAUCAUGCCUUGCCACUCCACACCCUGGCAAUCAUACCUCCACAGACAAGAUAUACCAGAUCUUUGGGCCAUUACAUGCGAACCACCAUUACAUCUCCUAGGUGACGCUGAUGCCACGAGUAAGUUGCAAAGCUACAUGGAUGAGAGUGAUCAUUUGUAUGCCAACCCAGCGCGGUUCCUAUAUGAGAAUUUUCCACCUGUGUUCAAGAAAGAAUUACGGAGUCCCGGGAAGGUCUACACCCAUGAGUGGCCGGAGUAUCUUAUCAUAUUUGAGCAACUGGAUGAUUUGAUCAUGAGGGAGUACUUAAAAGACUCGUCUUACGUGGAGUACACACGAUUCUUCAAUUCCUGGUCGCAUUGGGACUCAAGACGUGCAGGCGAUAUUGUAGUUUAUUAUAAGAGACCCAGCCUCUGA